AUGGAACAAGAUCUUGGAUUCAUUGCUGCCGUCGAAGAGGCGAAGCAGGGCCUCUCUGAGGGAGGUGUGCCAAUCGGUGCUGCCCUAGUCUCGAAGGAUGGAAAGAUCCUCGGCCGUGGUCACAAUAUGCGCGUCCAAAAGGGAAGCGCUGUCUUGCAUACUACCGCUAACACACACAAGGCCGAGAUGUCUGCCCUCGAAAACUCGGGCCGUCUUCCUGCCUCUGCUUACGAGGGUGCUACUAUGUACACCACCCUCUCGCCCUGUGAUAUGUGUACCGGUGCUUGUAUCCUCUACAAGGUGAAGCGCGUCGUCAUUGGUGAGAACAAGAGCUUCAUGGGUGGUGAGGAGCUUCUUCUCAACAAGGGCAAGGAGGUUGUUGUCUUGGAUAAUGCCGAGUGCAAGGAAUUGAUGACCAGCUUCAUGAAGGAGAAGCCUGAGCUAUGGAACGAGGAUAUCGCUGUCUAA